CGCCCUCCUUCUUUGGGACAUGACAGGUGCCCCCCAUCUCCACCUGUCCAUCCUUUUCCACAGCCACAUGGUGGCGGACAAAUCCAGAAAGGGAUCAGUCAUUCAAGAAAUGGCAUGCUGAAGUGCCACGGGGCCACGGAAGAUCUCUGGAUACCGGAUCAGACGCAGCUGCCCCCCGGCUGCUAUUUUCACUCAGCUUAAAGUACCAUGGGCAGCCAGCAUCUACACCAUGGACUACCCACAACUAUCAGUCUAUCUCUGCACGCCAUGAAGUCCACCGUAGGGGAGUACGAGCAUCCUGCACACGAUACCCAGAGCUUGCCCUCCGACCCUGAUGAGCUGGACAGUGGCAGCGAAAGCUCGGAGAAAUCCACCGGCGCAGGAAGUCCCAUGCAGGGCCACAGGGAGGCUGGGAGACGCAGAGGGUGUCAUAGACUUUCAGGGGUGAGCAAACAACGUCAGGCAGCCAAUGCUCGGGAGCGAGACCGCACACAUAGCGUCAACACUGCCUUCACGGCUCUGCGUACCCUCAUCCCUACAGAGCCAGCCGACAGGAAGUUGUCAAAAAUCGAGACUCUGCGAUUGGCAUCGAGCUACAUUUCACACUUGGCCAACGUGCUUCUGCUAGGGGAGGACUGCAUGGACGGGCAGCCGUGUCUGAAAUAUCACAGCAUCUUACAAAGCAACACCAACCUCAAAACUCCACCGGUUCGACCCAUCUGCACCUUUUGCUUGAGUAACCAGAGGAAAAUGCUUAGAGAUGGGGAAAAGCACACAACUGCGUGACAGCAGAAGUUCUCCCGACUGUCCGCUGCUACGUAGGAGCUCUCAACUUCUGAAUGUUUACAUGUAAAGAGACAUUUUCUUGCACAGAGACAAAACACUGUUUUAUGUUUUUUGUUUAUCUCUGAGGACAGACAAAACAAGCGACAAGAUGAGAGGCGAAUAUGCACUUUUUCUGCAUGCGUGUCCACUUUAUCAACUGUGUUUUGGUUCAUGUAACCGGAGAAUAUGUGUAAAGUUGCACCUGGUGGGAGGCUAUUUCAGUAUCAGAUAUAGUAAGCAACACCAUCCCUCGCCUUAAAAAACAGUCUUGUGUCUGCCUCAUGCACGUCACAUGAUAGUAAUUGAAACCUUGCGGUUUGCAGGGGUCGCUGUCAGUACAACAGCGGGUAAAAAUCUCCUCCCCUCCCUCUUGUCUCCACAUCUACGGCGGGACCACUAUCCCAACAUGGCUCUCAGAAGACUGUAAACAAGAUUCUAACCUCAGCAUGAUCAUUUGGGUUGGGCAAAUACAUGCACAGUAUUUCAUAAUUAGAGAGACAUAAUCAAACAUGUCUUGGGAACUGGUUUUUGGUCAAGGAACAUGAUCCCUUACAGGAACCCUGGGUUAUAUGAUCCUGACCCCAAAUGUUUUAUAGCCUACCCUAAAUCCUUGCGGUCAUAAUUUGAGAACACACUGGUGACAAAGUUGCAUAGACUGUCGAUUAGUAGUUCACACCCUUACAGACUCAGUAAGAGGGUACAUCGAGGUAACUGUAACAACAAAUGUUGUCAUGCUUAUGCUUCUGAAUCAUAAAACAUCAGAUUCAGUCUUGUAGAUUUCACUUAAUUUGCAUGAAAGGAAGGCAAUUUGAGCACAAAUUUGAGUCCAACUCAAGACAGAAGCUUGUUGCAUUACAUGCAAUCCAAGAAAUUUUUGUGCACACUUCAUGCGUCAAUUAUGCAAUCAUUUUCCUCAACUAUAGCUACGCACUUGUAACUUCUAGAAAUGCAUGCACAAAGCUAUACUGAUUAAUGAUAUGUCAGGAAGUUUUUUUUUUUUCUCUCUCCAUGUAUGCAUGGCUGGUCUUUUGAGAGGAAAUCUGGCAAUUUUACUGGGUAUCGCCAUGCUCUUGCUUGACUUGGAAGAAAAAAAAAAAGUUUCAAAACCUUGAAAGGAUUUUAGAAAGUGUGCAACAAAUUGGCAAGCUGACUAAAGUCUAGGGGAAUGGUCUUCGAGUGUGUGCUAAGCUCAAGUACACCACUAAAAACUCUAAAUCAUCUGCUGAUACCUUGUUUUAUUGUUUACAUUAACAGAAUUAGUAGGAAUGACAAAUUUGAGCCUAACAUUUACUGUGAUUACAAUUUAUGUUCAGAAUACUGCAUCUGCAAUGUGAAUGUUAAAGGUAGAAUUUGUGUGCAAGUGUCAACAUGUACCAAGUUGUCCAUAUCCAAAAAUGUUUACCUGCAUGUCUUGCACAAACCAAAAUUUCAGCUUACAGGCAUGUCUGAAUUUGCAGACUGUGUAGAAUGACUCUUCCUUGCAUUAAAAAGCAGUUAUUUUUUCAAUAAUGAAAAAAAGUGCAAUGGAAGUACCACAAUGUACAGGAAAUAUUGCAAUAUGACAAGGCUUUUAGUAAGUUGUAAAUAUUUGCACUUUUUCACAAAAAAUGUAAAAGGUCAAAAUACAUUAUCUCAAUAUGGCUUAUCUUUAAAGCAUUUUGAUCACAAGCCUGUCAUAUUCUAGUACUUGAAUUGUCCGCUCUGCUAAAAGUGGUCUUUUGCACAUGCCAAACAUCAGACAAGCGAAUUAAUAAGCUAUUUAAAUCAAGUAUUUUUUGUACAAGAAAAAUGUCUGUACUCAUUACUUUCAAACCAUUAAAUCAUUUUUGAAAAAUGUUC